GCGGCGCGGUCGCUAUGGCGACGUGGGACGCGGCCCGGCCCGGCCAUGGCCUCCUACAGGCUCGGGGUCCGCAUGGGGAACUGGCUGGAGGAGGAAUACGCGCAGCAGGAACUCCUAAGGGAUUUUAUCCGUAAGAAGGAGCAAGGACAACUUUUAAUACAGAGAUUAGCAAAACUUCAAGAGAAUAUUUUCAAGAGGGUAGAGCUGUCGGUAUCUUCUGACGGAUUUGUUCACUUUGGAGACACCGUGUUGCUUAUGAACCCAGACAAAAAAUCCUCGGAUUUGGAAGGCACCUCGGAGGAGACGGAGCCCGAAAUGCGUGGUGAUGUGACUCUGGCUGUGGACAUGGAAGAAAUAUCCCUGUACAAGGAUGAACCCCUGCAGGUCUCUCGUGGACUUAGUGCAGUCAAGAGCGUGGAGCCCAUAGGUCGAAAUGCUUUCUGUAUUGUAAGUGUUGAUGGAAGUGCAGUGGGUGAACCACUUAGAUACGGGCAAAACUUUGUUCUUGGGACAAAAGGAGGGGUCUCUGACAAACUGUUUUAUCUGGCAAGUGACCACAAAACAUUUAAAGAUUUUGCUAAAAAAUCUCGCCUUCAGAAAGUAUAUUUGACAUCUGAGCUUUCCUAUUUGACUUUCUGGCAAGCUAAAUCCUUGGAUCCACAACUGCGUCUUGAACAUGAAGGAUUUCCAGUUCCUGCAGAAACUAAAAUUAUUAUUACUCAUUGCUACACCAAUCGCAACUUAGCCGUUCCAAGGACCUUCUGUGUGUGGUCUCAUUUUGGAAGAGAAUUUGAAGUUAUUUGUCACAAUUAUCUCGACUCCCACAGAGUUGAAGACGAUAAGAAUUACUGGGAGAUAAUAACAGGAAAUCCUAGUCCUGAAGAUGGUACAAUGUUUGACAGACCCCAAGCUUUUCCAGAAGGGUAUAAGAAGAAUGAGUUUCAUGAAAAGACAGAGAAUGUGAAAGCCCAAGACUACAGCCAGGAGAGGUUGAUGAGAUUCUAAUUCUUGUUUCUUUCUGUUUAGAUUUCAAAGAUGUUUAUUUUAAAAUAGAAACUAAAGUCUGCCAUUAGUAAUAUUGCAUAAUCUCAUUAACUCAUCAAGGUUAUAAUGGGCAAAAACUCUUAAUGUUUGAGGAACAACACAUUGAAAAUUGUUAAUCAGGACAGGCUCCUUUACCUGUUUUCACCUUCACUGAUGACAAAAGUUGUCGGCACCCAGGAAACCUAACAGAUUUUCAUUAAAUUACUGGCACUUGGA